AUGGGGCACACCUUUGGCGAUGCCACUGCACCCAUUGCCAUUGUGGGUGUCUCCGGGCGGUUCCCCGGGGACGCCUCAUCGCCAGACGGGCUGUGGGAGUUGGUGUCCAAGGGACGAUCAGCCCUGACCGAGGUGCCGAGGGACCGAUACAACGUCGAUGCUUUUUAUCACCCAAGUGCCGAACACCAGGGCACACACAAUGCGCGGGGCGGUUACUUCGUCAAGGAAGAUGUUGCGACAUUCGACGCCCCCUUCUUCAGAAUCACCGCCCAGGAGGCCCAGGCCAUGGAUCCUUCGCAGAGGCUGGCACUCGAACUGAGUUACGAAGCCCUGGAGAAUGCUGGCGUCUCGGUCCAGGCCAUAGCCGGCUCACAGACUGGAUGCUACAUGGCAACAUGCCUGCGCGACUACGCCAAUUUACGUGCCACAGACCCGCAUGAGUACCCUCGCUAUGAAGCCAAUGGAAGCAUGGGUACCGCCAUGAUCUCGAACCGUAUCUCUUGGUUCUUUGAUCUGAAUGGCCCGAGUCUGAGUCUUGACACGGCAUGUUCCUCAUCGCUCGUGGCCCUACAUCUGGCUGUCCAAGGUAUCCGCUCUGGAGAAUCCACUCAGGCACUUGUAGGGGCGACGAAUCUGAUUCUCAUGCCCGAGACGUCAAACCACCUUAGCACGUUGACGUUCCUCAGCCCGGACGCCAAGUCCAAAGCAUUUGAUGCGAGCGCAAACGGAUACGCCCGAGGCGAGGGGGUCUGUGUCAUCCUUGUCAAAUCCCUGGCAAAGGCUCUCGAGGAUGGGGAUUCAAUCCGUGCCGUGAUCCGCGGCACCGCCGUCAACCACGACGGUCGGACGCCAGGGAUCAAUCUGCCCUCCAGCACUGCGCAGGAGGCCAUGAUCCGAUCCGCGUAUGCCAACGCGGGCCUUGGGUUCUCUGAAACAGGUUACUUUGAGGCACACGGUACUGGUACCGCAGCGGGUGAUCCCCUGGAGGCGGCCGCUGUGGGCCGUGUCUUCGCAUCAAGUAGGAAGCCGGGCCAGCCAUUGUACAUCGGCUCUGUGAAGAGUAACAUUGGUCACUUGGAAGGCGGCGCUGGACUAGCUGGUCUUGUCAAGGCUUUGUACAUGUUGGAACGGGGACAAAUCCCUGCGAACCUGUGGCUGCAGAAAGUAAAUCCCAAAAUCAAUCUGGAUGGCUGGGGACUUGCCGUUCCCACGUCGCUGACGCCCUGGCCCACCAGUGGGCUUCGCCGUAUCAGCGUCAAUUCCUUCGGCUACGGUGGGACAAACGCACACUGUGUGCUGGAUGAUGCAUAUCACUACCUGGCCAGCCAUGGCCUCUCCGGGCGCCACAAUACUAGUCCGCUCGUCCCAUAUGAACCAUCAAGCCCGGGUCUGUGUUCUGACUUGGCCUCCUCGUCUUCAGGGUCCAGCACACCCAACUCGGAGCCGGACAGCGGGCUCUCCCUGGGCUCCGUCCUGAGCGAAGCAGCCACUGAGCCAAGUACGCCAAAGCUACUUGUCUGGUCCUCUCACGAGCAGGGCGGCAUCAGCAGGACAGCCACAAAUCUCGCAUCGUACCUCAGCGAGCGCCAGUUCCCGCCAGACGCCUCCCUUCUCCCGCGUCUUGCUUACACCCUCUCAGAACGCCGCAGUCGCCUUCCGUUCACAUCCUUCACCGUUGCCAAAUGCGUGGCAUCCGCCCCAUCCGCCCUUGCCAGCCCAGCGAGACCUAUCCGCCCUUCCUCCGAGAGUCCCACCGCCCUCUUCAUCUUCACAGGACAAGGCGCGCAAUGGACGGGCAUGGGACUCGAGCUGAUGGCCUACAAAACCUUCAGGCACCGCAUGGCUGAGGCGGCCGCGCACCUGAGGGCCCUCGGCUGCGGGUGGGACCUGGUCGAGGAGAUGGGCAGCCCACGCGUCAACGAGCCUCAGGUCAGCCAGCCCGCUUGCACGGCGGUCCAGGUCGCGCUCGUCGACCUGCUGGCGGACUGGGGCGUCAGGCCUGGGCUGGUGGUUGGACACAGCAGUGGCGAGAUCGCGGCUGCGUAUGCGAAGGGUGCCAUCUCCCGUGCUGCGGCGUGGACAAUUGCAUAUCACCGUGGAAGGCUUUCUGCAAGCCUUGAUGCAGGUGGCAGGGAGAUGGGAAUGUUAGCUGUCGGGCUUGGGCAAGAGGAAACACAGGAGUAUAUCGACCGUGUCAGGGCUGAACCUAAGCCUGUUGUGGCGUGCAUAAACUCUCCCGUUAGCGUCACGGUGUCAGGUUCGGCGGAGGGUCUGCAAGAAAUGCAGUGCUUGAUUGGCAGUCGAGCUUUCAGCAGGAGGCUGGUCGUGAAAACGGCAUACCACAGUCCAUUUAUGGAGAAGCUUGCGAAGCCAUACUUGGACUCCCUGGAUGACAUCAACUACGAAAGAAACCAGCCCAGGAACACUGUCAAGAUGUUCUCCUCUGUCACUGGUACCGAGGUUUCUGACCAAGUGUUGAGAGAUCCUCAGUACUGGGUUGACAAUAUGGUGUCUCCUGUCAAGUUCCACCACGCCGUCAGUGCGAUUCUUGACCACGCCCGCGCCAACUCACUUUCAUCCUCCCUCGUCCUCGUCGAGUGCGGUCCCCACAGCGCACUGAAAGGCCCCAUCCAACAGAUCCUGAAUGCGCACAAAACCAUCGAUCCGGCCAAGGUACCAUACACAAGUCUCCUGAAGCGCAAGGAGGACGCCGUCACGACCGCUCUGACUGCCGCCGGGACCCUCUGGCAGCACGGGCUACCAGUCAAGCUCGCAGUCGUGAACUCGCCGGGCUCGGCCCCGGGGGACCUCGCCCACCUCGUCGACCUGCCGCCCUUCGCGUGGAACCACAACUCCCGCUUCUGGUACGAGACGCCCCGCACGAGGGCGUACCGGCUGCGCGCCGACCCGCGGCACGACCUCCUCGGCACGCUGGACGAGUCGUGCCCGGACGCGGCCGGCGAGCCCGUGUGGAAGAACUACCUGCGCGUGGCCGAGGUGCCGUGGCUCAAGCACAAUGUGCUCCGGGGCCAGGCCGUCCUUGGCUUUUCCGGCAUGCUGGCGCUUGUCCUCGAGGGGGUUAGACGGACUGCCGACCCGCUCAAGACGGUUGUUGGGUACCGGUUUCGCGACGUGUUUCCUGGUCCGCCGCUGGUGCUUGGUGAGAUUGAGGAGAGCAGUGUCGAGACGAGACUGGCGCUGCGAGCUUGGCGGGCUGGGAGUCGUAGUCUGACAACGUACUGGCAAUAUGACGCCCUCGACGAGCUCAGCAAAGACGCCUGGAGGUCAACUUGGAUCAGUAUUAAGGCCGACGAGAGUGCCACGCCCAGGGCAAUUGGAGAAUUCUACGAGACGUUCUCCGACCUCGGCAUGCAAUGGCAAGAGGCCUACCGAUCCCUUCACUCCACGAAAAUAUCGGGCAGUCGUCGUUCAGCCACUGGUUCUAUCCGGGUACAAGACACAGCCAGCUUCAUGCCCGAGAACUACGAGUCUAAACACGUGGUACACCCGACCACGCUCGAGGGCGCGUUCCAACUCCUCUCCGUCUGCGACGGCGGGACCCGCGACCAAGUCAGGGUCCCCAAGUACAUCGAGAGCAUAUUCGUGUCUGCGUCGCUCUCUCCAUUGGCACCGGGCACAAUGCUCAAUGCAUUCGGCACGGUCACCGAGAAGUGGGCCGACGGCACCAACUCGACCGUCGUUGUAUCCGACACCUCCUUCUCGGAGCCUCUCCUAAUCUUCGAAGGGUUCAAGACGACAGACAUGGGCGGCGAAGCUGGAAGUGAGGCACAAAGUGCCGAGGCUACUGCUCAGUCCCUGACAAAGCUGGGCGCCAUUCCCGUCUGGGGUAUCGACGUCGAGAAUUCUCCCGCCGACGCGGUCAAGUCCAUCCUGCACAAGGCGUGGUCUCGGGCCUCCAAUGCGGAGUAUGACUCCAUAAGGGAUCUCGAAUGGGCCGCUUACAUUUUGUGCAAGCGUGCAGCCCGGAGAUUUACACUGGAAGAUGUCUGCAGUAUGGCCAAGCAUCAUCAAGUCUUCUACCGCUACUUGAGGCGUCAGAUAGAUCUCUCCAAGACCCUGGACAGUUCUCUCCCUUGUCAGACAGCUGCCUGGCUGUCGGCCGAUGAGGCUACAGAGAACGCUGUCCUCUCUCGCGCAGCUGCAGCUUCAUCAGAGGGGGAAAUGCUGGUUCGCGUUCUGGAUAACUUAGAGGACGUCCUGACAGGCGCCAUUGAGCCGUGGGAGCUCAUGAAGCGCGGCGGGCUUCUGGAGGAGGUCUACCGCUCAGGAUUGUCGGAAGACAAGACGCCUGCGGUACAGUGCGAAUUCAUAUCGCUGCUCUCGCACAAGAGGCCCUUGAGGAUCCUCGAGGUUGGCGCCGGCACCGGGUCCGCGACCAGCAAGAUCCUGAAGAGGCUCGGCAAGGCGAACGUGGCGAGGUAUACCUACACCGACAUCUCAGCCUCGUUCUUCCAACAGGCCGAGACCGAGUUCGCUGACUGGAGCAAGUCCGGUGUCAUGGACUUCAAGGUCUUCAACGCGGAGCUGGAUCCCGGCAGCCAAGGGCUCGAUCUCGGGUCUUAUGACGUUGUCGUUGCCUUCCAGGUAUUGCACGCCACGAGCAAGAUGGACGCGACCAUCGCCAACUGCCGGAAGCUGCUCCGGCCUGGCGGGUACCUCGUUGCCACAGAGCUCACCAGCAAGGUGGCCCGCCGAUCUGCCGUCUUUGGUGUAUUACCCGGGUGGUGGCUUGGUGAGAAUGACGGUCGGCUGAACGGACCCGAGAUGCUCGAGGGCGAGUGGGAUUGCAGGCUCAGACGCAAUGGCUUCGACGGUAUCGAGUGGUCUUUCAGAGACCGUGAAGACGAGGGGUGGUCGAGCAGCGUGAUGGUGGCGCGGGCGACGGUGCAGCAAGAGACGACGUCCUCGGCUGACAGGGUCAUUGUGGUAACUUCACAGACCGUGGGACCCCUCGUCCAAGAGCUGUCCAAGAAGUUGGUGCAGUCUGCAUGUGCGAUCCAGCACGUUUCACUCAGCGACAUGGCUCACCUCGGAUCCGAACACUUCGCAACAGUCAAGUGCGUCGUUGCUAUCGAGCUCGACCAACCACUGUUCAGCCGCAUCGACCACAAAGGGUUUGAGGCCAUCAAACACAUAAUCCUCAAAGCACACAGCACGCUCUGGCUGACUCGCGGCGGCGCACCUCUCGAAUGCAGCGCCCCAGAAAACUCCAUGUUCACCGGUCUAGCGCGAUCCAUCCGCGGCGAGGAGCCGGGCAUCAACCUCGCGACACUUGACCUAGACCCAGAGAGCCCUGGGUCUGUCUGGGUCGACAGCAUUCUGCGCGUGAUGAAGCUGCAGGCCCAGGAACACAACGACGAGCACGAGGUCGUCGAGCGAGGCGGUGCUCUGCACGUCGGCAGGGUCGUACCGGAUGAGCGUCUUAGCAAGCUACUUUCCUCUGCGGUGGAGGGUGAGAAAACCAAAGUCCAGGGCGAGGAGCCCACGCCACAGUCUCCGAGACAGGAAGGUAGACCGCUGAAGAUGGAGCUCGCAAGGACGGGCGACCUGGACAGCUUCGUAUUCCGGGACGACGACGGAGCGUCUGCGCCGCUCGGCAGCGACCAGGUCGAGAUCGAGGUGAAGGCCGUCGGGCUCGACCCGUACGAUAUGGCAAUUGCCGUGGGCCAGAUCUGGGACACGCAGCUCGGCGUCGAGUACAGCGGAGUCGUGACCCGCCUUGGCGCCGGCGUGUCCAACGUCGCAGUCGGUGACCGGGUAGCAGCAUUCGGGAUCGAGCCGAACUGGUACAAGACCUACCUCCGCAGCAGUAGCGCGGCAGUGCACAAGCUGCCCGAGGGCAUGACCUUCGAGGAGGGCACGAAUGUCAUGAGGUCAUAUGGCGCGGUCAAGUACGGGCUGGUCAACGUCGCGAGGCUCGAGAGAGGAGAGACUGUCUUGAUCCAUGACGCCACCACGGCUCUAGGCAUGGCAGCUGUCAACAUGGCGCAGCACAUCGGAGCCGAGAUCCACGCAACAGUGGCCGGCGACGAGGAGAGGAAACAUCUUGUCGCGACGACCGGUGUGCCUCCUGACCACGUUUUCGGAUUUGCCGGGUUCUCUCAGGCACUCAGACAUGCUACAGGACAUCGCGGAGUCGAUGUUGUGAUAAACAGCUCCGUGACUGGAGAAGCCCUGAGACAGUCGUGGCACUGCCUUGCUCCUUUUGGCCGAUUCGUCGAGCUUGGCAUGAAGGACAUGAGAUCGAACACCGGUCUUGAUAUGGUUCCCUUUGCGUCCAACACCACCUUCACCGGCGUCAAUAUGAAGUGCAUGCUGUACUCCAAUCCUCAACUGUUCAGCCGCAUUCUGGCAGAUACGAUGCAGUACCUCGAGGCAGGCAUCAUCAAGGCCGCACCGUUGCAUGUGUUGAAGCUUUCCGAAGUGGCCGAGGGUUUCCGGACCUUGCAGUCCAGGUCCAAGCUUGGGGGAGGCCGCGUGGUUGUCAAAGUAGAGGAGGACGACAUCGUCCCUGUCAUCGGCGAGAAACAAAGAGAGCCCCUUAAGCUUCAUGCUGAUGCAACCUACUUCAUCCCUGGUGGUCUAGGUGGCCUAGGCCGGCCUCUUCUCCGCUGGAUGGCUGAUAAGGGUGCUCGUCAUCUUGUGACCACCUCCCGGUCUGGUGGCCACGAUGCCAAAGCACAGGCGGUGGUCCAGGACCUCUCGGGGAGAGGAGUGAAUAUCAAAGUCUUUGCGAGCGACGUCAGUGACGAGACCACCCUCAAGGCUGUGUUGUCAGACCUCUCGAGUUCAGGCUUCCCACCGAUCAGGGGCACGAUCAUCUGCUCCAUGAGCGUGCAAGAUACGUUGUUCGAGACCAUGACCCACGCUGACUUCGUCGCCGCCACUCGACCCAAGUACAGCGUCACCCUCAACCUGCACAAGCACCUCCCCAAGGAUCUCGACUUCUUCAUCUGCCUCUCCUCCGCGGCCGGGCAGAUCGGCUCCAUCGCGCAGGGGAACUACAACGCGGGAAACAACUACCAGGACGCGCUGUGUGCGCACCGGAGGUCGCUGGGCCUCGCGGGGACCAGCAUCAAUCUGGGCUGGAUGGGGGAGAUCGGUUUCGUGGCAGAGUCCGACCGCGCCAAGGUGCCGCAGGUAGUGCGGGACGGAGUCAGGGACCUCAAGGCGAGCCAGUUCUUCGCCAUCAUGGAGGCGGCUCUGCGCAACGAUGAGGCCGUGUCCAAGGGCCAGCCCGUGCUUGGUCUCGCGACGGGCGGCCUGAUCAGGCACGCUGGCCGGGACGAGCCGUACUGGUUCAGAGAUGCGAGGUUCUCAGCCAUGCGGCUCUAUGACACGCACCAGUCGAAGAGUGAGAGCACAGCAAAGGGUACGAACGGAGCGGAUAUCAAGUCGGCAUUGGCCUCGGCCAAGAGCUUUGAGGAGGCGAAGGCUAUCGCGUUAUCGGGCCUCAUGGCCAAGCUGGCAAGGGGCCUGAUGAUGGAGUUGGACGACAUGGACGCCAGCAGACCUAUCAACAUGUAUGGCGUCGACAGUUUGGUUGCGGUUGACAUUAGAGCGUGGGCAAUGAAGGAGAUGCAAAGCAUCGUGCACGUCAGUGAUAUUCUAAAGAGCAUGCCCAUGGCGGACCUGGCGGGCAAGAUGGUGGAAGCAUCCAAGUUGGUGGUAUUCUGA